AUGGUAGAAGGAUUUGUUGAUCUUGAGGAUCCAAUUAGAACUACCAUGGCUCUAAUAGAUCAUGAUUUGCCAAUUAUAUCUACAGAAGAAUGGCAAUUUUUCAAGGAAUUGGUCGAAAUAUUGAAGCCAUUGGAAGAUGUCACUAGAGUAAUGAGUGGUGAGAAUUAUUUAACAGGAUCUUCUGUAAUUAUAUUGUCUCACGGUUUAUCUAGUGUCUACGCUGAUCUAAACAAGAGGGAAUUUUCGACAAUUUCGAGAAGAGUUAUUUUAUCUUUAUUAGAAGGAAUAAAUUCAAGAUUGGGUGGUUUAGAGGGAAGCAUGUCCUUGAUUCUCUCCACUUUUUUGGACCCCAGAUUCAAAAAUAUUGCUUUUUCCGCUGAUAGCGUUGGAGAAAAAGCCAAGAGAAUGGCAAUUGGUGCUAUCAGGGAAAAACUUAAUGAAACCCCGAGGAUUCAAGAAAAUGAAAGGAAUUCUGUCGAAAAUAUUGAAAGGAAUUCAGUAUGGGGUAAUUUCGAAAGAAAAAUUGCUACUCUCAGACCUUCAGGAACCGUCCAAUCGAAAGUGUGGAUAGUGGAAGUAAAUCGUUAUCUCGAAGAGCCUCCGAUUCCUCGGAGAGAAAAUCCUCUAAUUUGGUGGAAAAAUAAACAACACAACUUCCCAAAUCUGGCAAAACUUGCGAGGGAAAAGUUAAUAACUGUAGCAACUUCAGUUCCGUGUGAACGACUUUUUUCCAAAUCGGAAAUAGUGCUAUCAGACAGAAGAAAUAGAUUAUCGAAUGAUAAGGUGACAAAAAUUUUAUUUCUUCAUAUAAAUAAAGAAAAAUAG